UAAGAAUCGUGGUUAUUAGGACUAAUAUGUGGAGGGUGAAACGUGUCAUUAAUUUUGAUGCACUUGUUCUUCGUUAGCCUCGAGUGUGUGUGUUUUUGUGUGUGUGCUCCUGGGCAUUACAUUGCAUUAUUUGUUAGGUUUAGGGCUGGGAGGAGCUGGCCCUAUGGGCUCCCUUCCGAUAUUUGAAUAGGCUCGCGGGUUGCGUAACGCGCGGCCAAUGACAGCGGCCGUGCACAUGCACUGGGCGGAGUCCUUACGUCACUCGCCUGCCCCCGCGAGGCCGCGCAGCCGCCGUGACGUCACGAGCCUUCGCCCCUCGGCCGCGACCGCAGCGCCCAUGCGGCCGGCGGCGCCGCGCGGAAACUCGCGACAAAACACUCGCGCUCUCAAAGAUGGCGGAUGGGUCGUCCGAGGACCGUGCCGGUCCGUUUCAAACGAACGAAUUAACUUUUUCCGCGCUCGAUCCCUCGCACGGUGACAUAAAAAAGUGUUAUGGAGGGACGUCGGAUAGUGGUGAAGUGAAAUUAUCGUUCUACACCGAACAGGAGACUAGUGAAUCGUGUGAGAAAAGUGAGACGCGCAGCGGUACCGAGGAUCGUUCGGAGGCGAGCGCUUCGAACUCUCCUAAAUCGUCCACAUCGAGGGCCGAGGACGGCGACGACAGGAAGAGGCGAUGCUUCGACCGGUACGACAGCUCCGAGUCCUCUGACAGUGGUGUGGCGGUGCUGAGUCCGCCAGAAAGUGGAGGCUGCAGCGGUAGCGACAUCACGGAGCCCCGCUCCCCCCGUAGCCCGGAGUCCGCUUGCAGUACGAGCGAGGAGAGCGCGAACGCGCGCAUGCCGCCUUGGGCGAACGAGCCGGCGCCGCCGGGACCGCGACGCCUUGCGGUCCAACCCGCGCCCGUCCGCCGGCCCAACCCGCCCGCGCAUCGACGCAUCACCGAGUACUUCAACCAUAAAAUGAAGCCGCAGAACGGCCUCAAGCGCGACUCCGCUGCUAUCAACCACGAUGACACCAAAAAGAAGUGCCUCCCGAGGAACGGUGUUACGAACGACUUGGAGAAGUAUAUUUCGUAUUUAUCGCAGACGCUCAGCCCCAAAGUGUUGCUAGAUGUCGAGAAGCAAAAGGAGGCGGGGAGGUAUCCCGCCAAUCCGACGGCUCCCGGCGGCUUGGAGAGCUUGAAAGCGCGAGAUCAGUAUAAAACUGGGGCCGUCAAUGCCAAGGGCUUCAAUGAUGCGACCAGGCCUAAGGAAAGCAAUGAAAUGCACAGUAUGAACGGCUUCGUCGAAAUCCGGCACGGUACCGACCCAGUUAGCAAAGUCAAAAUGAACGGUGCCUAUCUAAACGGGUUGAUUGAAAACAAUAAACAAAUGUCUUCGACAAAAAUAACUAAAGACCCAUCCGCCAAUUUGUCGAUAAGCACGAUCAAACCUUCCACGAGCGUGAGCAAUACGAAGGUUCCUAUUCCCGCUACCACUGAAAUGGUCGGGAUGCGACUGGCUCCGUCGGCUGGAAUAUCUAAAUCGCCGAAAAAAAAUAGUAAAUGUGACAAUCAGAGAAUAAACGGAGUAGUCACCUCGACGACGAAAUUAGACAGUAGAAUGAACGGUGUGACCUGCGGGUCUAACAAUUUAAGUUUAAACUCGUUAAAUAAAAUUGCAUCCACUAAAAAGGAGGCACCCAAGAAAAGUUUACCGUCUCUUAAGAAAACGAAUCGCAGAUCGUCGGCAUGUAUUGCUAAUAGUAAAAAUUUAACUUGGUCGAAGGCGAAUAAUCUUAAGCAACAGGUGCAACUGCAAAAACAAAAUUGUAUGAAUACAGCGCCUAAUGCAACAAUAAAGCCAGUCGUUACUGAGGCUAGUUCGACUCCAAAAAUGAAUUUACCCAAUGGUAUCCGACAAGUAUCUAUGACUGUUAAUGGUAAUCUUAGCAACAUGAACGUCCCAGUAACGAACUUUCAAAACUGCCAUCAGUUGAAUAUCCCGCAGCCACAGUGCAACGGUGCAAAUGGGGUGACGUCGACCAAUUUACAAUCUUUUGUUGCAGUACCCCAAAAUGUAAUGUUGACGACAUUAAGAAUACCACAAAACGGACUACCCGCACAUACUUUGAGCCAGCAAGGUGUGGCGGGCUUCAAUCGACCUAACGUCAACGUUAACAGUCCCUCAAAAUUGAACGGCCAAAUAGUUUUUCCUUUUAUGCAAAAUCUAAACGGCAGUAUAGUACAAAUACCUAACAUGAUGGCUAAAGUGCCGAGCUUCGUUUUACCGCAGUCUCCACAAAUGGCGACGCAGCGACAGGACCAUCUACAAAAUCAACAAGCUGCACAAUUUGUUUUUAAUGGGACGCUGUUAAAACUCGCGAGCACCAUUCCGGCUGCGUAUCAGAACACCAAUAAACAGGGACCUGUUACGAGUCAGCCUAUUCCGAUAAUAAACAAAAAUGUUCCUGGGAUACAAGCGAUGGGCGUGACGGUUCAGCCUAAAACCAAUUUUACUGUCAACUUUAGCCAUCCGGUACCUCAUCUUGUACCUCAACCUGGAUUUAUCGUUACUUCUGUGCCAAAUAUGAACGUUAAAGAAACGUGGAGCUAUACAGGUAAUAACACUGUAACGUCAUCGCAGUCUUCCUGUUCCAACCAGAUAGUGCAUCAACCGACGCCUAUCGUGACGAACUUUACCACGCCAAAUCUUCACUCGAGUAGUAUUCCCAUCGCCCCUGUCAAACCUCCCGACAAUCCUAUACAAGGUACAGAACCACCUAGUAGUACAGUUAAAGAGCCAGAAAUGAGUGAUAUUGUUAAUCAAAAGUGUGAUAUUCCUUGGCUGUCUAAAACAGUUAAUAAUAAUUUUGUUCCAUUAGAUAAUAAAAUGUCCGCGAGGAAUUUUUCGCAAAUUAGUAACUACGCAGAAAAGAUGGACAAAAUUGAAAGUAAAGUUGUAAGUAAAGAAAUCGACAAAGAGAAAAGCGACGUUCCGCGAAGAAAGAGUGUUUGUAAAGAAAACGUGAAAAUAGACGAAUUUAGUAGUGGCGAGGAUGCAAUAUUUACACAAAUAACUGUAAUGAAAGACGUGUCUUCGAGUGUUCAAAGUACAAUGAUAGAAGCCAAUUAUCUUUGUACCGCCACAGAGUCUUCCGAAUCAGGAAUAGGAACAGACAAGAGUAUAGAUUCUCCUAGCGACUCGCAAGGAAGUAAAGAGUGCGAUGAAGAUUCGUCACUGUCAUUGAGUAUUAGCUUGAGUUCGGUGGAGGCACAGAUCAGCCAGAAAAGUCCUAUUUUGAAACAACCCAAAACCAUUAGAUUUCCACCGAAAAGUGCCACAAAACCAGAAAGUGCAAAAAGGACGCCAAGUGCCGAUAUAUCGAUAGUUUUGUGUUUGUGGGAAAACUGCAAGAAGAUCUUUGAUAGUGACAUGGAUCUACUAGAUCAUCUGCAGUCUAUUCAUGUGGAGUCGCAAGCGGGGAAGGAGAACUACGUGUGCAAUUGGGUUGGCUGCAAGGUCCGCGGCAAGCCCUCCUGCUCGCGCCUUUGGCUGGAGAGGCACGCGCUCUCACACGGGGGCAACAAGCCCUUCCGUUGCAUCGUCGAAGGCUGCGAUCGGAGGUUCUCCACUCAGAUAUUGCUCGAGCGGCAUGUCAACAACCACUUUUCGGAAACGUCGUCCAACUCUGGCAGUAGCAAGAAGUCCACGGAGAGCGGAUCGAAGCUGAUACGUCGGAAUGGGAAGAAGCUCCGGUAUAGACGGCAGCCGUGGUCUGCGCGCAUGUUCGACUUCUUCGACGCGGGUACCAUGGAGGGUCUGGCGUACCGGCUGCUGCGAGCGACGCGGUGGCGGCUCGGCGGCGCGUGCCCUCUGCGGGAGCCGCCCGGCGCUCACACGCUCACGCUGACGGCCACAGUCGCGGCCACACGCUACAACGCCGCCGCGAGACGAAGAGAGGCGCUGCUCACGUACUCGCCGCCGCAUGUGCUCGACGACGAGUGGGUGCCGGAGGGGGAGGUGAGGCGGUUCCGCCGGGUGGAGAUGGCCAGUCUGCCGGCGAAUACCAAGGUGCGGUUGUACGAGCAGUUCAGCCAGUCGUACCGCAAGCCGCCGACGCCGCGACCGCGACGAGACUGCGACGAGCCCUGCCCACUGCAACCUCCGCCACAUCCGCAACCGGUUCCGCAAUCUCCGCAACUCCAGCAGACCGCUCCGCAACUUCUGCAAUCAAUUCCGCAACUUCCACAAGCAGGUCCGCAAGCUCCGCAACUCCAGCAACCGGCGGUCAGCGGCGCCGCCAAGCGCAAGAUGGGCCGGCGAUACGGCGGCAACUCGUUUUGGCCGUGCGGACGAUAAUUGCUGAUUCGAACCACAAGACUGAUUAUAUGUCGCCCGCGUGUAAAUAUAUUGUACAUAGUAGUUAAGUAGGCUAGGACCGGCUACGAGAGACACUGCCGAGCGCUCGGAGACUCGGGGAGACUUAGGGUUGUCAAAAAGUUGAUAUAAUUCAUAUUUUUUUACUAAAAUCAGUUUAGAUUUCAGUAAAAAUCCGGUAUUUUUUUUUAUUUUACUUACAAAAUAUACUAUUAUAUAACUUGACGAAAGCCCAACAGGCUUGAUGGAUAAGCCGGAUGGCGAAAACGCAACGAAAUACAUAGUGACAACCGAAUAUUUCGGAGAUGUGACAACCCUAGGUAUGACCGGUGGUUAACAGCCCUAGCCGUCCGAGUCGCCGCAUUUUCUGGCCGGCCGCAUACCCGGGGCGGCCGCAUAUUCGGGCCGCCGCAUACCCGAGCCGGUCGCAUAUCCGGGCACAUCCGGCGUCACCAAGUGCCUGAAGCACGACCUACCGCAGCGGUGUUCACUUUAUAUCGGUGUUUACCGGACGUAGUCAAUAGUCAUAUCAACUCGCUCAUAUACACUCGACUUUUGAUACUCGAUAUUGGUCGACUCGACGUUAGUACAGAAUCAGCAGUCAUCUGCCGCGCGCCGUACAUUCACUGCCAUUCAAGUUGUGUUUAGUUGUAACUUAGUAGUCUAUUAGCAAUAACUAUAUUAUGUGAUAGGACCGAGUAAUGUUCGUUGCACGCACAACUUUGGGAGUUGUUUUACAUUUAUCCGGUAGUCGUAUUGUAUACAAAUAAUUUUUAAUGAAUCCGUGUAAUUUUUUAUGCGUCGGACGGAUUCUGUACCGCGACGGAGAGUCUUCCUCGUCGAAGUGUUGCGAAUUCCGUCGUAGUUUUUAAUCGAUAUCGUCGUGGUGCAGAAUCGAUUCGACGCCGUCGAUCGUUCGAAUAGGAAAUGCAGUUCGAAUGUCUCGUUCAACGUAUUUUUCUAAAGUCAGAAGCAAUAAAAAUUUGAUGUUUAAAAUUGAAAUGCAGAACUUAUGUAACAAAACAUUUUUAAGAUAUUAUGACCAAACUAUUGCAAUGUAUUAAUAAUAUAAUGCUUAUGUAAAAUGUAACGAAAAGCAAUUUGUUACGAACAAUGAAUAAUUUAAUUUUUACAAUUUGUAAUUUAAUAUAUUCUGUAAAUUGUUUCGGUGCAAUAACCAUCUUUGUUUUAUGGAAAAUAUCGAUUCGAAAGUUUACUGAAUAUUUGGUAAAUGAUUUGAAAUAUAAUUAAGGAUUGAAAAUUAAAUCGGAUAGAGUGAAGUCUUAGUAAAAGGGUUCCGUUUUUUCCUUUCCCUUUGGGUACGGAACCCUAAAAAGAUAUUUUAGUCAGCAAUUGAAGCGCGCAUGACAAUUGACAAUGCUUGGUUAUUCCACCGACAUUUGCAUAAUCGACGGCAAUACGGUGACGACCGCACCCGGGGGUGCCCGGGGCGGCAGAUGAUGUGGACAGUCCGGAUGCCUUCUAGCCGUAAGUUGAACAGUGAUCAAACGACAUGUGUUCCGUGCUCACGAGAUCUCGCUAGUAAUGUUAGUUAGUGCCUCUAGGGUAGGUUAGCCUGAAUUGACUCGGUAGGGCCGGCCGGUAGGGGUGCGCUCGAUGUCGAUGAUUUAAUCGACAAGACGUCGACUCGAUGCUUUUAAUUAGUAAGUUUAUCGAUACUCUAAUAUCGAUACGAUGUAACUUUAUGUGUACUUGUAAAUAUUUAUUGUAUUUUUAUGUAUUUUGCGUUUUUAAAAAUGUAAUUUUUUUUCUCCGAGCGCGGCCCUACCCGGCGCCCAUAGUAAUUGGUAUUUCGCUGAAAUUGUUCGCUUGUAUAUUAGAAAAUGAUGACUUGGCUCCGUUCAGGGUUGUCGACGAUUUUAAUUUAUGACUUGAUAAUGUUGAAUGAAAUCGAAUGGUGAAUUUUUUUUUUAUGACGCGCAUGAAUGUCCCGUAUUUUAAUUGAAUUUGAACUGAAUGUCACGUUUUAGAUGAUCGUUUAAGACGGGCAACCCUGACCGGUUCCAUAGAAGGUGUGGACCCAAAGAAAUGUCAUAGGAAAAUUGUCAAGUAGUGAAGUUGGUGCCUGAUCGCGAGGGUGUCGCUAGUAACUGACGGAUAUGUUUCUUUUGGAAUGCUUCCAAUGUACUGAUUAUUUUAAAUUUAAAAAUUCUAGACUAAUUUUCUACAGCACUGAUCGUAGUGCCAUAUUGGCUCCAUUUUUUAGUUAAAUUCGAAACCAAAAUUGUAAAGUCUGAGUAGUUCUCUGAUCUCAGAUGGGCGAGUGAGACGUGUGUUUUAAUGCGAUUUUGUUUCGGACGUUUUACUUAAUAAUUGUAGUUGAAAUUUUACGAAAUGAUGUCAAUGAUUUUAAUUUAAUCUUGAUAAUGAAUUAUUUUAAUUUUAUAAGAAAUCUUAAACCGGUGAUUAAGUUAAGAUAAGUCAAUAUUACGAAAGAAAAUCGUUUUAAAAGUAUUUGGUAAGAUCAUGGUUGUAACGAUGGCGCUCGAUUUAGUGGGAGGACAUGAAAUUAUAGUCAUAAAUUACUCCAAUUUAUUGCUACUGAACGAAAUGUAAAAAAAAACUAUAUAAAAGUAUCGAUAUAUUUUAUCGACUAUCAGCCGGCCUACCUCGAGCGCCAUCUACCGAGCGUCGCAUUGAACAUUGGCCUACAAAGAUUCAGUACAAAAUAUGUAACGUUUAUUUGAUCGCCUGACAAGAUUGAGUAGAUCGUAACGUACUAUAAGUGACCUCCGUAAGAUAAGCGCCGUAUAUUUUUGGCCCGAGCGGCUAGUUUUGUACGAGAAUAUAUUUUAUCACUGCCACACUAGUAGCGGGGAUGCCGCUACGGUAAUUAAGUUGUAAUUGUAAACGUUAUAGAGGAGAGAAGGGGGUUUAGACAAUUGUCAGUCGGGCUGCGGUACAGACGCUAGAACGCAGCGUAGGUUAGGUUAGACGCUCGUUCGGAGGAUAUCGUGCACUGUAUUCUGUAGAUAUAUAAUUAUAUAGUAUAAUGUUGAUUUGCCCCCGCGACCCGAGGGUCAGUCCCGCGUGGAAUCUACCUCACUUAAUUUAUCACACCCGGGCGCGACCGGAGCCGCUCCGGUCUUUGGUGUAGUGUGUUUAGGAUUUUAUAUGAUUUAUCCACAUGUCACAAGUACUGUAUCUUAUAUUAAAUAUUGUAUGAUUGA